AUGCCUUCUCAGAUUGCUACAUAUUUGAAUAAUCUAGGAAAUGUUUGUACUUUGACGAAGAGAAAGGUUGUGUCUCUCCUAUCAACCAUCUUUGAUCCUUGGGGAAUAUUAACGCCCGUAGCAAUCAAGGGAAAACUAUUUGUGAAGAAAUUGAUGGGAACUGGGAAAACUGAAAAACUGGACUGGGAUGACGAACUGAUGAUGGAUUUAAAGAAAGAGUUCGAUGAAUUGUUAAACCAACUCAAUUCUAUUGAGGAGAUCAAGAUCCCUAGAUCUUGUUUUAAUGAAGGAACUUGUUGCUUACAUGUAUUUGUUGAUGCCUCUCAUGUGGCUUAUGGAGCCUGUGCGUAUGUUGUUAGCAGUAAGCACACAAGUCACUUGCUAAUUAGUAAGUCUCGUGUAGCCCCGAGCCCCUCACUCACUAUUCCCCGUCAAGAAUUACUUGCUUUGACUAUAGGCAUGCGCCUAGCUGUUCAUUUGUUAGAGAUUUUUGGGGAUAAAUUUUCAGACUGUACUGUUUGGAGUGACUCCCAAGUAGCGUUGAGUUGGGUGUUUUAUGAAAGAUCUAAAGAAGUGUUUGUAAUCAACAGAGUAAAGGAAAUCAAGGACUUGAAGUCCAGUCAUAACAUCAAGUUGCUAUAUGUCAAGAGCGAGGAUAAUCCUGCUGAUUUAGUUACACGAGGUAUUUCAAUGUCUCUUUUGAGUAAGUCAGGUUUGUGGUUUCAUGGCCCGACCUGGAUUGUUGACAAAAAUAAGUUUCCAGAACCAGAACAAGAGGAUGUAGUUUACAUAGAGUCUGUUAAUGUAAAUGAAAUUAUUGUAGAACCAGUUUUGAGAAACCCUGAUGAUGAUGUACUUGUAUUUACAUGUUCUGAGUUCUCCUCAUUGAAACAUGCAUUAAGGAUUGUAGGUAGAUUGAUCUUGUUUGGGAGAAGAAUAUUUCCUGAUAAAUUCAGGGAAAGUAAUAAUUUACUUGUUUUAAUCAGAAUCAUGCAGCGUCAAGCUUUUCCAACGCUAUAUUAUGCGUUGACUAAUGGGUUACAAACCAGUUCUAGAGUUCCCUCUGAGUUAAGGAAUCUUAUCAGACAAUUAGGACUUUAUGUUGAUGAAAGUGGUGUCAUUCGGUGCCAAGGAAGACUUCAUAAUGCAGAAUUGCCAGAAUUCGCUAAGCAUCCAGUUUACGAGACCAUUGAAUCAAGUCAUUCCACUCGAAUGUAA